AUGGGAGACAUAUAUAACAAAAGACACAAAUAUAUUAACAAUGGUGUCGUUAUAUAUGAAUGGGAACAAAGCAUUGAUGAAAUAAAUAUUUAUAUUAACAUGAGUUCCAAAGUUGUGAAUAAAAAUGAUUUGGACAUCGAUAUACGAAGUAAGAGAAUUCGAAUUGGGUUGAAAGGAAUGGAGAGUUUUCUGGAAGGUGAGCUGUCAAGCAUUAUCGAUGAAGAUUGCUCUUAUUGGUUUAUAGAAGAUAACAAUUUGCACAUACUUUUGACAAAAGUAAAAAAAGCAGAGAUAUGGAAUAGUGUCUUUAAAGGACACAAGUGUAUAAAUUCCAUAGAUGAAGAUAAUACAAAAAAGAAAAUUCUUUUGGAACGCUUUCAACAGGAAUAUCCAAAUUUUGAUUUUUCCUCUGCUGCUUUUAAUGGGCAAGUUCCAGAUGCACGCACCUUCAUGGGAGGCGUUAAAUAUUAG